UACAAACUGAUAUCAAUGAGCAUUGUUCAGGAAUUUAUUGCCUUUAAUUAACGUCUAACAUAUAUAUAAGGCCAUCAGACCGCUCUUAACUGCAGAGUAUUGGCCCAAUAUACACAGAAUCAUCAAAGAUACCUCUCAGAACAGGGGAGAUCAUCUAAAGACGUUGUGCUGUGUUUCGAAUGCGCAUCGGAUUGUGUCGUUGUAUAUUUUCGUUUUCGGGACUAACAUGAAGGGUUUUCAAUAUUUUCUUCUGACAGUGACUGUAGUUCUAGCGGAUGCUGCUAAUCAGUUUCACGACGGCCUUUCAGAAGAUCACCUGACACAUUACUUCGGCACAAAGGCAAAACAAAAAGUGCCAGACUAUGAGAUUACCAGUCCGACAGAUGUGACGUCACAAAGUGUUCCGUCGUCCGGGCCACAGUAUACCAUUAAAGCAUUCAACAACAGCUACCACAUAGUUCUACAGAGGAACGAGCACCUUAUAGCGCCAGGUUGUGUAGUCCUGACGAAACAGAGGAAUGGUACUGGUGAGAUCACAUCUUGUCACCAGGGAGACCAUCAUUGUUAUUACCAUGGUCACGUGGCCAACCAGAACAACUCAUCUGUGGCUGUCAGCACAUGUACAGGGGUGCACGGACUGAUACAGAUGCCUGACCACGACCUUGUGAUCCAGCCCGUCAGACAGGAACAUGUUGGGCGCGUUCGGCGGAGUGAAAACGCGGGGCUACCUCACCUGGUCUAUAGAAGACGACGACGAUCUUCUUCCAACACGUGUGGAACAUCAGAAGCUCCAUUUCAACCGGUCACUGCCAGGAGGAGGAAGCGAACGGCUGACAAGCCUCACUACAUGGAACUCCGCAUCGUCAUGGCACCAGACGCCACCAAGUACCACGGCGGCGAUGCCCGCCGAUAUGCUCUUACCUCGGUCAACAUCGCAGCUCAGCGGUUUAUGGACCCCACACUGGGACACGAGAUACGGACAGCUGUAGUUCAGGUGUUACUGCUACAAGAUGACCAGCCUGGACUCUCACUUCUGACCGACUCAGAACAGCUCUUAUACAAUUUCUGUUUUUGGCACGAAAAGCGUCAGCCUUCCUUAGAGUCCGACGAUCGAUAUGCUGACGGAGCACUGCUGAUCACCAAGAUUGACCUUGAGUACAAGGGAAACCCCGAGAAUUUGGGACUUGGACACAUCGGCGGGAUGUGUAGGAGGAACUUCAGGUGUUCUGUUAAUGAAGACAAUGGACUUGAUCUUGGACUGACCAUUGCCCACGAAACUGGGCACAUGCUGGGUAUGGGGCAUGACGGUGACAGCAACUCGUGUACCCCUGGGGUCAACAUCAUGUCUGGCACAGGGGCCAAUGCUCACUCCGCCAUCAAGUGGUCGACCUGUAGCAAAGAGUCUCUCACCAAGUUCCUCGGCUCUCCUAGCAGUAGGUGUCUGAGUGACCAACCGCCGGCCUGGGCGUUUUCUCAGCUGAAUAUUGCUCAGAAACCUGGACUUGUGUACUCAGGAGAUGAACAGUGCCGACUAGCAAUGGACGAUAACAACAGUAAAGUGUGUGAGGGCACUUCUUUAACCACCGGGAAUGAGUGUAAGAUGCUGGUUUGUUACGGCCCAGUCAUCCCAAACCGCCAGCGAUCCUGUUAUCGGGGCGGACCAAUCAGGCUGGACGGAACAGAGUGUGGAAACAGAAAGUGGUGUAUAGGUGGUCGAUGUCUCGCCAUGGGAACCGGUGCCCCUACACCUGUCCAUGGUGGCUGGUCAGCCUGGAGUGUAGACUGGACGCCGUGCUCUCGGACGUGUGGGGGUGGAGUCAUAGUCAAGACCAGGAAGUGUAACAAACCAGAGCCUCGGUUUGGAGGUAGAGACUGUCCCGGGGAGAGUACACAGGCCAAGCUGUGUAAUAUGAAGAGUUGUCCAGCGAAUGCAGACAGCCGGGCAGAGCAGUGUGCCGCAACCAACAGUUUCCCUGUAGAUGGAAAAACCUACCACUGGUUACCUUACAAUGAUCACUUGUGUUCGAUGAGGUGCUUUGACGAGUACGCCAAUAUUGUUGACUAUCGCGCCGACAAGUACACGGACGGUACAGAGUGCAAGGUUUCUGGUCCUUUCUCCCGCUGUGUUGGCGGACAGUGCAAGAAAUUUGGCUGCGAUGGGCAUCUAAACUCUGCCAAGGUUUUUGACAAGUGUGGAGUAUGUGGUGGUCAGAGUAACACAUGUUCUACCCAUCGCGGUACCUACAACCAGGGACAAGCUAAAGCAUAUGUGACGGUGGUGUCUAUUCCUCGUGGAGCCACAGGUGUGGUUGUGACCAAUACCAACACCUACUGCCAUAUGAGUGUAAAGAUCCAGGGUGCGCUUCUAUUCAGCCUGGGAACUUCAAUAUCACUAUCUGGAAAAUUCCUAUCUCAUGGUGUGACUGUUGAAUAUCGACGGUCCGGUCCCGAGAAAAUCACCAUCCGGGGCCCUACGCCUGUAGGACUGGAGAUACAGGUGUGGAGAGACUAUGGUGAUGGGUACGAAGGCGUGAAACCUCAGAUCUCCUACACGUACUCUACUCCUACACAAACCCCUUACGCAGGCUACACAUGGAAGGCCACACAGGGGCCCUGUAGUAAGACAUGCGGCACAGGUAACUCUCUGGUCAAUGUCCAAUGUCUGCGGACAUCCAGUAACUCUCGUGUAGAGGAUUUCCACUGUAACAUCUACAACCGGCCACAGGAAACGCUAGGAGACUGCAACACUAAAGACUGUCCACCUCAAUGGCAUACGAACGAUUGGUCGUCCUGUUCCAAGACAUGUGGUAGCGGGUCCCAGUCACGUGUCGUUCAGUGUGUUGCCAUACAGGGAGACUCUUACAGGGUAGCCGGAGACAACCUCUGUAACCUCGCCCACAAACCUGCUGCCACCCAACAGUGUAACACACAGCCCUGCCCAGGAUUCUGGAAGUCUGGCGCCUGGUCCACUUGUUCCCGAACGUGUGGGCGUGGCACUCAGACUCGUGACGUCAGCUGUUACGCGUCCGAGCAGUCUAAUACUGUGGUGGAUGUGACACGCUGUCCCGGACAGGAAAAGCCGAUUGGUGUCAAACACUGCUUGCUUGAACCUUGUAAUACCAACGUGGUUGGAAGUAGCUGUCGAAACAAGGUGGACUGUACUCAGUAUGCUGACAACAUCUGUGAGGCGUCGGAAUACCGGUCCUGGGUCAGCAUUAACUGUAUGGAGUUCUGUGGCAUCUGUGCCAAGAACCUCAAAGUUUUCCUGUGCAAAGAUAAUAUAACUAACUGUGAUACGUACGAAAAGGGGUUCUGUCAGAAGUACACGGCCUGGGCUGAGUCCAACUGUCAGCGAACGUGCGGCUUCUGUGAAGUAGAUGGCAUUGAUCACAGCGGUUCAACAGAUGUUAGCACCACCACCGAGCCAUGCGUUGACAAAAUUUACUGCGCUGUUUACCAGAGAGAUACAUGUACCAACAAAGCCUACCGAGGGUGGGCAAAGGCACAUUGUCGCCAAUUCUGUGGUUUCUGUGGGACUGUUACCUCCCCUCCUACCACACCUACUACCCGCCCCACCACAACGGAAGCGCUCGGACAGGCGGUCACAGUCUGUGCCAACCUGAUUGACUGCGCCUCGUAUGCAAGCGAUAUCUGUACUAACUCUAGAUUUAGGAAAUGGGCAAACACGAACUGUAAAAAGCACUGUGGUUGGUGCUCGACGGGCGGUGUUACCUCCCCUCCUACCACAGCUACUACCCGCCCCACCACAACGGAAGCGCUCGGACAGGCGGUUACAGUUUGUGCCAACCUGAUUGACUGCGCAUCGUAUGCAAGCGAUAUCUGUACUAACUCUAGAUAUAGGAAAUGGGCAAACACGAAAUGUAAGAAGCACUGUGGCUGGUGCUCGACGGGCGGUGUUACCUCCCCUCCUACCACACCUACUACCCGCCCCACCACAACGGAAGCGCUCGGACAGGCGGUUACAGUUUGUGCCAACCUGAUAGACUGCGCAUCGUAUUCAAGCGAUAUCUGUACUAACUCUAGAUAUAGGAAAUGGGCAAACACGAACUGUAAAAAACACUGUGGUUGGUGCUCGAAGGGCAAUGUGAGUACAACAUCAACAAGUCUUGUGACCUCUGUAAGCUGUAGAGACCUGUUGGACUGUAGUACCUACCAGUCAGACAUAUGUACCAGUACCAAGUACUCCCGUUGGGCACACACAAACUGUCCCGAUCGCUGCGGCUGGUGCCACCACCAACAUGCAUCAUUGACAACGACUCCGGCCAUUUUGACCACAACGGAAAAGACAGGGCAGGAGUCAUUGGCAUGUGUUGACGUUGUGGACUGCGCGGCGUAUCAGAGUAACAUAUGUACAGCCUCUGGUUACCAGGGCUGGGCACACAUCAACUGUCGUCGCCACUGUGGCUGGUGUGGUCCCAGUGAGGGUGCAAACUCCCAUGCUGCUAUUACCACUCCUACGCCGACUGCUGCUUCUGGAAAUACUGCUUCCUGUUCAGACUUAAUAGAUUGUAGCUCCUACCAGGGAGACAUAUGUACUAACACAGCUUACAAGUCCUGGGCAAAGAACAACUGUCCCAAAUUCUGUAAAUUCUGUGGAAGUGGUGGUACGCAAACCAGCUCCUCCUCCUCCUCCUCCUCCUCCUCCUCCUCCUCUUCUUCCUCUGGAUGUGAGGACAAACUUGCAGAUUGUGGCUCGUACCAGGCUGACACCUGCACCAACGAAGCGUACAGGUCCUGGGCAAAGCAAAACUGUGCCAAGCACUGCGAUCUGUGUGACUGUACAGACAAGGUGAGCUGUAGUGAGUACGAGGAAGGGAUGUGUACUAGCCCAUCCUACAAGGCAUGGGCCGCCAGUAACUGUGCUGCCUUCUGCAACAUGUGUGGAGACAGGCGUAAACGGUCUGUGUCUAAUCUGAUGGCAACACUGGAGAACUUGGAGCCAAGUCUGAGAAUCCGCAACAGACCACCUUUCGUCUCCCAGGUGGAGCCCAGACUUGUCUCUCCAGCACAGAUUGCAACACUUGUUGAGACCAGACACCCUGAACCCAGGCAGUUGUCCCCAGCAAAAGGACCAAUGUUGGUGACCGAAGAGUCUAAGGAAAUGUUGGACAUUCACCCUGAGGAGCCCCAUGAAAAUGACUUUGUCCCAACACCAGUGAGGGUCGGAGUGGACGUUGUACCAACACCAGUGAGGGACGAAACUGAUCUUGUACCGACACCAGUGAAGAACGGAACGGACAUUGAACCUAAACCUCAGGAGGACAUGGUGAAUGAGCAGCAGUCCAAAGAGCUAUUCCCUGGUCUUGUACCUGUCACCGUCUCACAAGUGCCGUUAGAGACAAAGGAGAGAGUUCCAGGGAAAGAUUCCCAUAUGUCUGACCUACCAAACAUCGAGGAGGGCCAGGCACCACUUGCUGUGCCUGCUCCCAAAGUAGACCUUGAUCAACUGCCUCCACAGCAGAAUAACUUUGAGGUUGGUCUCUUUGAAUCGACCGAAGUCACAGGACAUCAGGAAGUUGGGUCAAAAUAUGAGGGUAAAGGGGUUACCGUCGCCAUUCAGGAACUUGAAUCUGAGGGCAGAGAUGGCAAACUAUUGGUGCAGGAACUAGACGCACUAAAGGAAAUGUAAGAUGAGAUGGUAGACAGAGAGGAGAUGACAAAGUUUUAUUUAAACCGAUUCCUGAUUAGAUGAUUAUCCUUGAAAUGAUUAGCAUGGCGCUGUACAACUUAAACAUCCGCAACAUAGAGACAACAUAUAACCUGUCGUUCCACAAGCCUGUCACUGGGUGAGAAGUGUGGUCAUACAUCGAAGAGAGCGAAGUUGGCACUCCAGCGAUUAGUAUCACGUGGUAAUGCAAGUGAUGACAAAGUGGCUUUAUGACUUUAAGCGAGUUUAUGUAAAGCAUUUGUAGUGCUUUUCAUCCAGAUUUUGCCAAAAUUACUAAGUGGCUAUAAACUUUCAAAACUUUCAAUCCACAACCUAUCUGGAGUGUUAAUAAACAAUGGAACUCUACAAUUAAUCAACGUUCAACCUACAACUUAUCUGGAGUGGUUAUAAAUGAUAUUCAAUCUACAACUUAUCUGGAGUGGUUAUAAAUAGUAUUCAAUGCACAACUUAUCUGGAGUGGUUAUAAAUAAUAUUCAAUCUACAACAAAUCUGGAGUGAUUAUAAACAACGUUCACUUUACAACUUUGGCUUUCCUCUCAAUUCAUUGAACAUCUAUUUAAAGGUGACUGUUGUAGUUACUUGUUCGUAAGCCAUUAUGUUCAUCUAUUCACAAAUACGUUGUAGCUCAUAUUGUUGGUUUUUAUUGUUUUCGGGAAUCCAGGAUUGUGAUUUUAAUGUAUUUUAGAUAAAGAAUUUUUUAUGC